AUGAAUGUUUCGCAGUCUCAAACCACUCAACACUAUGUUGCUACGAAUCUGUUGUAUGUUGUUCCACCUCUUGUCCCAAGUAUAAAACAUUUGGAAGCUCAAGCUAAAAUUCAAGACAUGAGACAAAAUGAGAACACUCCGGCUAAGCAAAAGCUGGAUGUUUUGGAAGAAAGGUUGCGAGCAAUUGAAGGAACCGAUGUCUAUGGAAAUAUAAAUGCAACACAAUUGUGCUUGGUGUCAGGCUUGAUCAUUCCAACAAAGUUUAAAAUUCCUGAAAUUGAUAAAUAUGAUGGAUCAUUGUGUCCAAGGAGUCAUCUUAUAAUGUACUAUAGAAAGAUGGCGGCGUAUAUUAAUAAUGAUAAAUUGCUAGUUCAUUGCUUCUAUUAUAGCUUGACUGGUCCAGCUAGUCGAUGGUAUAUUCAAUUAGAUAAUGCACACAUUCAUGUUUGGAAGGACUUAGCUGAUGCAUUUCUAAAGCAAUACAAACACAACAUUGAUAUGGCUCUAGAUCGUUUAGACUUGCAACAGAUGGAGAAGAAGAGUUCGGAAAGCUUCAAUGAAUAUGCUCAACGAUGGAGAGAUAUGCCUGCCGAGGUUCAGCCACCGUUAACAGACAAAGAAAUGACAUCUAUGUUUAUGAAUAUCUUGCGGGCUCCAUUCUAUGUUCGAAUGAUUGGUAAUGCAUCAACAAAUUUUUCUGACAUUAUUGUUAUUGGCGAAAGAAUUGAAUAUGAGAUAAAACACGGGAGGUUAACAGAGGCUACAACUGAAUAUGGUGGAAUAAAGAAAGGAACAAUAUCUAAGAAGAAAGAAGGAGAGGUUCAUGCAAUUGGUUUUCCUAAUUCAGGGAAACACAAAUCAAUUUUUGGUCAGAGAAAAUAUGAGCAAAACUUUCCGUCAUAUAUAAGCAAUGUUUCUCAUAUUCCUUAUAAUAGCUAUGUACCAGUCCAUACCGUCUCUGAAACUCCAAAACUCAUUAUCUUAAAUUCUCCUCGACCAUUUGUACAGGGUCAAGGUAGCAAGACCAAUUCAGAUACAUGGCGAUUUGAUCCAGUUCCUAUGACUUAUACAGAGCUUUUAUCUCAGCUAAUUCAAAAUCGACAUUUAGCUCUUAUUCCAAUUAUUCCUAUACAACCUCCUUACCCAAAAUGGUAUGAUUCAAAUGCUCGAUGUGAUUAUCAUGCUGGAGAAGCGGGACACUCAACUGAAAAUUGUUCGGCUUUGAAAAGAAAGGUGCAAUCUUUAAUUAAUGUUGGAUGGUUGAGCUUCAAAAAAUCUGGUGAGAGGCCGAAUGUCAAUGAAAAUCCAUUGCCUAAUCAUGAAAAUCCAAAAGCGAACGCUGUGGAUGACCUUGUUGAAAAGUGCAAAAAUGAAGUCCAUGAGAUUGUGAUAGCUAUGAAUCACUUAUUGAAGGUCUUUUUGAAGCAGGAUAUGUUAGUCAGGAAUAUCUAG